AUGUCGAAUCCGCAGGACUCGAUCGCCGGCGACAAGGCAGUUAACGCCAUAUCCACCGACUCUCUUUCCUCGGAAGAGCACGGUGGACUAGAAAUUGAACAAAUUGCCAAACAAGCCCGGCGCAAGGUCGACAAGCGUCUGUUGAUAUGGUAUGCCUUCGUAUAUUUGAUCAUGAGAAUCCACGUCUCCAAUAUCACCAAUACGGCCAUUAUCAACCUUGAGGAGGGCACGGGCAUCAAGAAGCAGCUUGGAAAUCUCACCAGCUCACAAUGGGCUUGGACAUUGAGUAUUUUCUACUACCCGUACAUGUUCUUCGAGCCAGUUGCGACACUGGCGUUGAAGAGGUUCUCUCCUUCUGUGUGGAUGAGCAGGAUCAUGAUUACUUGGGGCAUUAUCUCCAUGUGUCAAGGUGCUACCAAGAACUAUGCUGGUAUUCUAGCUUGCCGAUUCUUUUUGGGAGCCGCUGAGGCUGGAUUCUAUCCUGGUGUUCUGUACCAUUUGAGCUUCUGGUAUCCCACUGAUAAACUGCCAUUGAGAAUUGCAUUCUUCUAUGCAUGUGGAAUGUUCUCUGGUACUGUUAGUGGACUACUCGCCUACGGUAUAUCAUUCAUGAAUGGGGCUGGUGGACUUGCUGGCUGGCGAUGGGUCUUUAUUCUCGAAGGACUUCCAAUCCUCUUCUGUGCGGUCUACACAUUCUUCUACCUACCAAACUAUCCCGAGACGGUCAAAUUCCUCUCCAAGGACGAAAAGGAGGCAAUCCUGGCAUCCUUGCCCACCGAGGCCCCAACGAUGAACGCAAAGACCUGGGAUUUCUCGCAGGUCAAGGCUCUGUUCAAAGACCCGACCUUUGUGCCAUUUCUCAUGAUCUGGAUCACCCAUGGCAUCGGAGGGUGGGGAAUCUCCUUCGUACUACCAACGGUCAUCUACGAGCUUGGGAUCUCUGGGACUGCUAACUCGCAGUUGAUGACUAUGCCACCUUAUACCAUGGUCUUUAUCAUCCUUUGCGGCCUUGCAUAUUUCAUCCAUACGAAACGUCUGAGCCCCUGGGUUGCUGGAAUCGGCGUCGAAGUGCUGCAAAUCAUAUGCUACAUCCUUUUGAUCACGGUCAAGCACAAGGUCGCCAAGUAUAUCUUCGUCAUGAUUGCAACUGCUGCCUCCCAGAGCUUCUUCGCAAUCAUUUGGCCAGAACGAAUUCGCGCAGCACGAGGCACGACUACGGCUGGUCUUGCUAUUGGGGUUACAAAUGCUUCGUGUCAACUGAUGGGCAUAGUGGGACCACAAAUCUACCAAUCCAAGUUCGGUCCGACGUAUCGAGUAAGCUUUUCAUGUUCGAUCGCUCUGCUUACUUGUACGGUGGCAUCUGUCAGCACGGCCUGGUAUUUUGUGAAGAGGGGCGACAAAGCCAGGGCUGCUGCGGCAGGGAACGGCGACGUGACGGAUACUCAUGUAUCGAGCGAGCAGGUGGCUAAGGAGGGCUGA